ACCAUCUUCCUCAUGCUUGGUCCUUGCCAGGUCCCCCCGGGUCUGGGAGUGUCAUUGGGCGAUGACCGCAGCCCUGAUCACCGCAGCUGCCACCGCGACUAUGGUCUCCGGUAGCAGCGGCCUCGGGGCCGCUCGCCUAUUAUCACGCACCUUCCUCCUGCAACAGAAUGGAAUACGGCAUGUCUCCUAUACUGCUUCCCAGAAAAACCUUUAUGUUGACAGAACUACGAAGGUUAUUUGCCAGGGUUUCACUGGCAAACAGGGCACCUUUCAUAGCCAGCAGGCCUUAGAUUAUGGCACGAAACUUGUGGGAGGAACCACUCCAGGGAAGGGUGGUAAAACACACCUGGGCUUACCCAUCUUUAAUACUGUGAAGGAGGCCAAAGAAAAUACAGGAGCAACAGCUUCUGUUAUUUAUGUUCCUCCUCCUUUUGCUGCCGCCGCCAUUGAGGAAGCCAUUGAUGCAGAAAUUUCCUUGAUUGUGUGUAUUACCGAAGGUAUCCCACAGCAGGAUAUGGUACGGGUCAGGCACAGACUGGUACACCAGGCAAAAUCGAGGCUAAUUGGGCCAAACUGCCCGGGAGUCAUCAACCCUGGAGAAUGCAAAAUUGGCAUCAUGCCUGGCCAUAUCCACAAGAAAGGGAAAAUUGGUAUUGUAUCCAGAUCUGGCACCCUAACUUACGAAGCCGUUCACCAAACAACCCAAGUUGGACUGGGGCAGUCUUUGUGUAUUGGCAUUGGAGGUGAUCCUUUUAAUGGAACGGAUUUUAUCGACUGCCUUGAAGUCUUCCUGGGUGACCCAGCCACGGAAGGCAUCAUAUUGAUUGGUGAAAUUGGUGGUCAUGCUGAAGAAAAUGCUGCAGAGUUUCUGAAGCAGCGUAAUUCAGGCCCAGAUGCCAAGCCUGUAGUGUCCUUCAUUGCUGGUUUAACUGCUCCUCCUGGUAGAAGAAUGGGCCAUGCUGGGGCAAUUAUUGCUGGAGGAAAAGGUGGAGCUAAAGAGAAGAUUGAAGCCCUUCAGAGUGCAGGAGUUGUGGUCAGCAUGUCUCCAGCACAGAUGGGCUCCUCCAUGUACAAGGAAUUUGAAAAGAGGAAGAUGCUGUGAAAGAGAAAACAAAAGGUCUUUAAAGCUGUGGAAUGGAGCCCAUAGACUUGAGAGCCAGCAGAAGUCUACUUCUGCAGUCCGCAGUGUCAGCCCACACACCUGACACUGGCCUUUCAGUACAGCAGAAGCCCAGGCAAGGGUUAGAAUACCUAAACUGAGCUGUUUCACGUGUUGUGUAACAGAGACAUAAUAAAUCUAUCAUUUAAUUUGAA